CCACUAGAAAACUCAGAAAUUGCAGAAAAAAGAAAAGAACAAGUAGUACUGCAGUGUAUAGCAUCGAAAAUGGAGAGAGUCCAAAAACUCUUUGUUGUUAUUGUUAUGCUGCUUGCAGCCAUCAGCAGCAACAGGGUGCUUCAGAUUUCUAAUGCACAAACCAUCUGCAACAUGCCGAUGGCCGGACUAAUGGCUUGCAAGCCUUCUGUGACUCCUCCCAACCCUACUGCUCCAACCAGCGCCUGCUGCUCCGCGCUCUCCCACGCAGACAUGCGUUGCCUUUGCUCUUACAAGAAUUCCAAGUUGCUUCCUUCUCUUGGAAUUGAUCCAAACCUUGCCAUUCAACUUCCUGCCAAGUGCAAGCUUCCUCACCCUGCCAACUGCUAGAGGUUAAAGAAAAGAAGGUGUUUCUGCUUAAUUUGGAAGGAUAUAAUAAUUAGCUUAUAUCCAAAUGCGUGCAGAAACAAACAAAAACUGUUAUAACAGAAGAAAGAGGAAAGAAAGAUACAUAAAAUAAAGCUGAAGUUUCGGGGAUCUUUUGACAUUGGCUAAUUUAGCUUUGUCUUUUGUUUUGCUAUUGUUCUCGUUUUUGAGUUGUUGUUUUCUUCAUGAUGGUUGUGUAUCUCCAAUGUAAUAAUAUUUUAAUUAAGAAAUGUUUUAUCUUAA